UGGUAAGUAGCAAGUGGAUCAUCGCCAGGAAACCGACAUGAAUAUUCCUCCAUCUUCAUCGAUACUAGACGUGGACGAUGCGUUCGCUGAGUCCAUGGGCUUCGUGACAACCUACCUUCGAGCACUCGAGAGUGCUCGUAAUGACCGGCUCAUUAAUGACCCCUUCGCCGAACCGCUUACCCGGAAACAACAAUCCAAGAUCGAGAAGUUUUUGAAAGAAACGUGGAGCGAGGUCUGCUCUUUUCCAGAAACCCUUAUUGCGUUCCGUACGCGCUAUCUGGACGAAGCACUUCAGCACCGUGAUCCCGGAAUUCUCCAAAUUGUGAUUCUUGGAGCAGGACUUGAUGCCCGUGCGUACCGUAUGGACGCACUACGUGGCUGUCACGUUCUGGAAGUCGACCAAAGUGGCGCUGUGUUUGAACACAAGGCGGACGUGAUGAAAGAGCUGCAUGCGCCACUUAUCGCCCAGAAUGUGGACUGUAUUAUCUCGAAUUUGUCUGAAGCGGGUUUAGAAGUAAACUUGAUGGGGCACGGAUUCAACCCCACUAUGCCAACGUUCUGGGUCAUGGAGGGACUAAUCCCUUACAUGGAACGCUCGAGUAUCGUCGAACUACUGAAGAUAAUCGACUAUCUCUCGGCCCCUGGAAGUCAAUUCUGGGCUGAUAUUCCAGGUCAGACUCUUGUCGACAGUGAAGAAUGGGGGAAGCGUGCCAUGAAGUACGGCGAGGACGACCCGUUACAUGGAGUCUUUAGCGAGAUUUCAUGGACGCUGGAGGUUCAGGCGUCUCUAAAGACUGCAGGAGAACAUUUCGGACGUCACUGGUCUCCGGUACUUUCGCCUAAGAACAAACAGGCGGUUCCGUUGUUCUUUGUCGUUGGCAAGAAGCCGAUCCCGGAUGUGGUGGUGGCACAGAAGAUGGUCCCCGGUCUCCAAUUCGAGGAGUAAUCACUGCUCUAUCUACCGCGGAUACUUGGAAUCGAAGGUGUGUAGCUUAGCAUAAUGUAUUUUAUACUGAGGCUUAGCUACUGGAAUAACAAAUACACAUCCUCUCAGUUACUAUCUUC